CUGUCAUUUUAAAACCAAAUAUUUUGAUAGAGUUACUCCUCUUGCAUAGUCAUUCCUUGAGCCAAUAAUGAUGUAUGCACUAUUGGUUGGACCCGUGACGAUUUUACAAGUCAUCAUCAUCUUCAUGCGUUCAUUCCAGCACCUACGAAAGCAAACUGUCAAAAGUGAAGAGGAAGAAAAACAACCCCAAAAUAUUUCCGACUCCCAAACCAGAUGUGGAUGUUGUAACCAGUGUGCACCAAGCUUGACAAACACCCGGCGCCAAAGGAUGCCAUCUGAGCCUUUUAUGAUGUGUUUUAAACAUAGACCUUAUCUAUGUGCUUACGGAUGUUUCGAUUGCAAAGUUCCCGUCUGCUUAAAAUGUACAAAGCAAGAACACAACAAGCACACGAUAUGUGAACUGUUUGAGCUUUCUGAAGAAUCUACAACUUUUGCCAAGACUGAAAAGAUAGGAAUGUCGCCUGUAGAAGAGUCUCCUUGUAGGGAUUCUGUUGUUGGGUCAGAAGUCCAUAAAGGUUACGAACUUGUAAUUAAUCAAGCCAAUAAACAAGCUGUUAUUCUACAUUCCAUGGUAGAUGCAAUUCUCCAAGACAUUCUGAAUUCUGUUAAUGAGAUGAAAUUUAGAGACUUGGAAUAUGUGGAAAAAAUCGAAAAAGAAUUCAAACUAUUGAGCACAAAAUAUGAUGACAAUAAUUCCCCAAAGAACACCAUUCUAAAUGCUGAAGAGAUAAUAUAUCAGAGGGAAGAAAACCGUAGUAAUAGCGUCUCUGAAAAAAUAAAAUUUAGAGCACCAAGAUUUCUUGAAGGAAACCCCAAUAUCAAAGACAUGAAGGCUCGGUUUGGGAUCGUUAAGUCGUCAGUUAUUGAAAGAAGAAAUCAGAGGGCAAAAAAAAUGAUGUCCAAACCAAUUUUGUUACUUACCAUUAAUUCUCGCUCAAAGUAUACAUUGUAUGUAAAGUAUUAUCACUCAAAUAUGAUUCUUCAAAGCGGCACUGGUCCAGAAUUGUAUAUAUUAAAUGAGGAAGGGGGGUGCUUGGACACGAUUCAGACAACGACUGGACUAGAUAUGCCUGCGGGACUGGCAGUCAUGGAUGACGGAACCAUACUGUACAGCGAUUAUUGUCACAAACGUGUCAGAAUAAUGAAGUCCGACAAAUCCGAAGAAACACUAUGUAGAGUAGAAGGUAAGCCGAACGGCAUUUGUUGUACUAGAUCAAGUGACGUCAUUGUAUGCCUUCAAGACUGCUUCGAAUCCAAGGGUAAAGUAGUUCGAUAUGACCAUAAUGGAAACCUGAAGCAAGAGUUCAUGCAUCAGUAUCUGAAGAGUCCAACUGCAGUUUGUGAAAACAUCAACUACGACAUCUGUAUUACUGAGGAGAGCAUGCGCAAGGUUAUUGUAAUCGAUAAGGAAAUGGAUAUCAGAUUCAUGUAUGAUGGAAAUGUGAAAUCCAGCGAAUUCAUGAAAUUCACACCCCGUGACAUAUGCAGCGAUAGUUUUGGCCAGAUUCUUGUAGCAGAUUUUAGCAACCGAGUAAUCCACAUGAUUGAUGAGGAUGGUCAUUUCAUAAAGUACCUUCUAACGAAGGAAGACGAACUCUCAUAUCCUCAUGGACUGUGCGUAGAUAGUGAGAAUAGACUGUGGGUAGCUGAGAGGUUCUCUAAAAAGAUUAAGGUUUUUCAGUAUUUAAGUUCUUGAUACAUUUUUUUUAUCCCCUCCUCUACCUAGUUAGGUCACCUGAAUCAUUCAGGUGACCUAUUGCUAUCUGUUUUUGUCCGUCAGGUGACCUAUUGCUAUCUGUUUUUGUCCGUCGUCGUUCGUCGUGCGUUAACAUUUUAACAUUUUCAGCUUCUUCUCUGAAACCCCUGAACCAAUUUCAACCAAUUUUGGCAUAUGGCAUCUGUGGGUGGAGGGGAACAAAAAUUGUGAAAUUCGUGGUCCCUGCCCCCCUGGGGCUUGAGGGGUGGGGCAAAAACCAUCAAAAUGAGUGUAAUUUUAAAAAAUCUUCUUCUUUACUCCUGGACAUCAAGAAGCCAAACUGUGGGCAUAAUUAUAAUGAGCGUUGAGCCCUCUACCAAAAUUGUGAAAUUCAUGGCCCCUGGGGCAGGGGUUCUUGUGUUAGGGUGGGGCUCUAUUGGUCAUAUAGUGAAAAUGUAGAAAUUCUUUGAAAAUCUUCUUCUCUGUCUCUGGGUAUUAAGUAGACAAACUAAUAGCAUGGUAAUGAUGAGCAAGGAUGUCUCUUUAAAAAUUGUGAAAUUCAUGGCCCCUGGAUCAGGAGUUCUGGUGCUAGGGUGGGGCUCUAUAAGUCAUAUAGUGAAAAUGCAUUAUUUCUUUGAAAAUCUUCUUCUCUGUCCUUGGGUAUUAAGUAGACAAACCAAUAGCAUGGUUAUGAUGAGCAAGGAUGCCUCUUUCAAAAUUGUGAAAUUCAUGGCCCCUGGGUCAGGGGUUCUGGUAUUAGGGUGGGGCCCCAUUGAUCAUAUAGUGAAAAUGCAUUUUAUUUCUUUGAAAAUCUUCUCCUCUGCUGCUGGGUAUUAAGUAGACAAACUAAUAGUAUGAUAAUGAUGAUCAAGGAUGCUUCUUUCAAAACUGAAAUUUAUGGCCCCUGGGUCAGGGGUUCUGGUGCAAAGGCGGGGCUGAUUGAUUAUAUAGUGAAAAUGCAAUAUUUCUUUGAAAAUCUUCUUCUAUGUUACUGGGUAUUGAGGUAGCCAAACUAAUAGCAUAGUUAUGAUGAGCAUGGAUGACUCUCCAGAAAUUCAUGGCCCCAGGGUUAGGGGUUCUUGUGUUUGGGCGGGGCCCUAUCGAUCUUAUAUAGUGAAAAUGCAUUUUAUUUCUUUGAAAAUCUUCUUCUCUGCUCCUGGGUAUUAAGUAGACAAACUAAUAGCAUGGUUCUGAUGAGCAUAUAUAUAAACAUAUAUAUUUUAAGUUACUUGCGGAAGGAUUUUACUUUAAAUCAAUCCGGGAAUAUAGUUGCCUACUAUACACUUCGUGCAUUAGUUGCCUACCAUAACAGUCGCGCAGCUUGAUAGAACUUUUGAAUCUUGCAACAUUGUGUUUGUAAUUAAUAAAGUUUUGAAAUAAAUAAUUUCCUUUUUUAUGCAUAUUACUUGAGGAGGGGGUCAUGUUGAGUUGCACCUGUUGUUAAGUUGGUAGGUUGGUCAGUAGACCAAAUUUCUGCUCAGUAUCUAGAUAUAUCUAGAGAAUGCUAUGUUUAUUAAACAUCAUACUUAUUGCACUGUUACCCCAUGAAAAGGAGUUGGCUCCAAUUUUGUGGUCAAGAGUUAAAGUACUCUAAUCAGCAGUAUUUGACUUAUCCUGAUAUCCGAUGCUUUCGGCCUCACAAUGGUAGAGGCGGGCAUGUGGAAAUUGAAGUACAAGCCCAAACGGCAUGUAAAUUUAGAGGCUUAAACCUUUAGCGAUGUACUUUUCCUUUUGAUUCAAACGAUCAAUUUAUUCAUCAGAUGUAACAUUAUGAAAUAGCCAAUUAAAUAACACUGGUAACAAUUAAAAUGCACUGAAAAGUUCGAUUAAGGACAUACGCAAUGUAGUUUUGAACUUUAUUUUCUGUCAUUUACGAUUAGUAAUGAAAUUGAGAACAGAAGAUGUAUUGUAGCUAAAGAUGUGGAAAAAUAGAUUUCCUUUGGUGGGAAAAGGCAACUAAUAAAAUUAAUGAAUAAAUUACUGGGCAUGUAAGUAUUUGUUUGAGCUAAUCUAAUUAGUAUACAUGCCUGCCCAAAGGGCAUGUGCUGGGGAAAAAAAUUGGCAAAUCUUGUCCAUUCAAUAUCCUGAGAACCAUUUCCUUGAAAGACAUCAAACUUGAUACACUGGUUCCCUUGUAGAGUAAAUGGCCCUGUUGAUUUUGCGGUCAUCAGAUCAAAGGUUAAAAAUCGAACUAAAAAUGCAAAGAUCUACACCCUUAAAAAUAUCUUGAGGACCCUUUGCUCGACAGAGGUCAGACUUGAUGCACUGGUUCCUUUCGGAGAAGAUGACCAUUGUAGCUAAUAAAAUCACAAAGACAAGGGUAAACUGAAUAAUAGGAAUAUAUACAACUACUCAAUACUUUAAGAACCCUUUGCUUGACAGACAUGAAAUUAUUAUGUAUAUUGGUUUUAUCUAAGGAGUAAAUAACCCUUUUCUUUAUGAUGUCUCAGACCUAGGUUUUUUAAAAAGGUUUAUUGAUUGAACAUAAAAAUGACACAUGUACUUCAUGACCACCUAGCUAUUCAAUGUUUCUUCCAUCCACAAGUAAAAUUCUUAUAUUUAAACACAAACCUAAUUCAAACAUUGGAAGGUUGUUACGUGAUACUCAGGUGACCUAUAAGGCCCCUGGGCCUCUUGUUGAAAGUGAAAUGACUUUCGUUCGUGUGAACGUGCACAAAGUGAUGUAUAGUAGAUGACAAAUCUAAUUAAAACUAGAUCUUCUCUAACCAUGACAUUUCAUACCAAUCUAAUUAAAAUCAGAUCUUCUCUAAAACUCCAUACCAAUCUAAUUAAAAUAAGAUUUUCUCUAACACUCCAUACCAAUCUGAUUAAAAUCAGAUCUUCUCUAAGCGUGACACUCCAUACCAAUCUAAUUAAAAUCAGAUCUUCUCUAACACUCCAUACCAAUCUAAUUAAAAUCAGAUCUUCUCUAUCACUCCAUACCAAUCUAAUUAAAAUCAGAUCUUCUCUAACACUCCAUACCAAUCUAAUUAAAAUCAGAUCUUCUCUAACACUCCAUACCAAUCUAAUUAAAAUCAGAUCUUCUCUAUCCGUGACACUCCAUACCAAUCUAAUUAAAAUCAGAUCUUCUCUAACCGUGAGAAGUGUAACAGUUAAAGAACGUCUGAUUUCAAUUAGAUUGAGUGAAUGAAAAA